UUAAGAGGAGGCAGUUCCUUAUAUUGAGAGUGAAAACGACUCGUACAGCUCCACCAUGAAGACCGCUCUUGCUUUGCUGCUUCUUGCUUUCAUUAGUAGCUGUGCUGUGGAAGCCCUGUCAUGCUACACGUGUACAGACUCUACCUCCAAUGAGGCCUGCAACAACAAGACUGCCCAGAACUGCAGUUCUACUGACGACACGUGCAUGACCACCAUUGUCACAAUGCUUAAAGUUCAUAACAUCACAAAACUAUGUACCACAAAAAGUGCAUGCAACAGUGCUGCAAACUCCACAUCUGAGAGAAAAGUGACGUGCUGUAAUACGAACCUGUGCAACGUGAACGGCUCCACCACAGCCAGGCUCAAUGUACUGCUUCUGGGAGCUUCAGCAGCUCUGCUUCUCCUGGUCAGCAAGAUCACAGCGUAAGGGCAGCAGCACCCAGCGCUACUCUUCAUUGCCCCUGGAAGAGGAUCUGCGGUUUUUCCCUUGCCUGUUGAAGUGUGAUAUUCUGAUAUUAUAACCCCCUUUCACUCUGAAAGUGCCAUGGUUUGUGUGGGUGUGUUUCUCUACUGAUUUCUGCAUUCUUACCAUUUAUCUCUCUGCUCUGGCUUUAUAAUGAUAGGUGUUAUAGUAUAUAAUAUAUGAUUUAGCAAUUAGAUACACUGAAGUCUAAUAAAUAUGAAC